CACAAAUCAGAAGCCAGGAGAGUCGUAGUAUCAACAAAGUUUAGAUAAAGUGUGUAUUCUCGUAUCUCGUGGUUUUUGCACGCUACGUAGCUAAAACAUAUUUGUUUAUAAUUUUUCAUUUCAAUUAAUUUGUUAAUUUCUGCGGUCACAAUUUUAAAAGUAAAAAAUUGUGGGAAAAUUAAUAACGUCGUGUUUUGUUCCGAUCCUUGUUGUUGUUUUGCGAGCUUCAUUCAUACCUCAAGAAACACGUUUCGCCAUAUGGCUGUUUCGAUAAGACGUUUAUAAAAUAUUAUUUCAGCGUCGCUUUACAGUGGGUGAGAGCUCUUCUUGAAAGUUCAAGAUGCAAGCUCAAGAUGCUCAGGAGACUGCAAAGGAUGACACAAACUCUCUUAGUGAAUGGCCAACAUUAGGUGAAGUACAUAUGAAUGAAAAACAGGCUGGUAGUUCAAAUAAUUCAACAAAAUCAUCUAAAGAAACUAGUGGAAAUGAUUCUGUACAAGAUGAUGAUUCUGCAAAAGAAAACCAAGAAAGUUCUAAAACAAACAGCAUUCCUGCAAAUAGGAAAAAAGGGACAAAACAAAAAUGGGUACCAUUAGAAGUUGAGCCAGUAAAGACUGACAAGAAAAAAAAUACUAGAAAUGGUGGAAAACAAGGGAAUCAAAAAGAAGAUAGCAGUAAUGGAGAGAAGAAAAAAGUCGAUAAAGAAGAAUCUAAGAAAACAGAAAAUAAUAAAAAAGAGCGUCCUUACAACCAGCGAUCAAGAGGCAGAAAAGGACGAAACUAUUCCACUGAAUGGAAAUUACGAAGAAGGGCUUUUUCUCAGGAUGAUGCUACAUAUGAAGCCAAUGGAUAUGCUCAACCUCAAGAAAUAGCAUAUUAUUCAUCAUUCUAUCCUUGUUAUUGGAGUGGAUAUGCAAUGUCAGAAGAAGCUUUAAAGGAUUCAGUAAAGAAACAGAUUGAGUAUUAUUUUAGUGAAGAAAACCUGCAAAAGGACUUUUUUAUUCGGAGAAGAAUGGAUGCUGAUGGUUAUAUACCAAUUUCCUUAGUUGCAAGCUUUAAUCGUGUGCAAGCAUUGACUAAAGAUAUAACGAAAGUCCUUGAGUCAAUUUCUGCUAGUGACAAUUUAGAAGUCAAAGAUAAUUCUCUCGUAAGAACAAGAAAUGAUCCUCAUCUUUGGCCGAUUCAUGAUGCAUUAUCAUCAGACUUCCAUCCAGAAGCUCCAAUUUUUAUUCCUGGGAAGCCUUAUGUAUUGCCAGGAACUGAAGUUAGUUCUGGAAGUGCUGUACAAACAGAUCUAUCUCAGAAACCAAAUGUGUUACAAAUGAAUGGCGGUAAAAAGGAAACAAGAUGGAGAACUAAGUCAUCUACAAUGGAAGGCAUUAAAGAAGAAAAUUCCAAAGUGUCAGAAAUGGAUGAACUUGAGUUUAAGUUUGAUGAAGAACUGAAUAAUGAAACAUUAGAUGGUCAAAAAGCUUCUAAAACUGUUGAGAGUUCUAAGCCAGAGUAUGAGUUAAGUGAUCAAGAUAUCAAUAAACUAAUCAUUGUCACACAGAGUAGUAAUCGCAAGCAUGAUCGUGGGAAUAAGCAUAAUUGGACUCCUUACAUAAUGAGUCAGGAAAUGGCAUCAACGAUUAAUGAUGGUCUUCAUUAUUAUGAACAGGAUUUGAUUGGCAGAUAUGUAUCUGAUGUUCCUCUCCAAGGCUCUGCUAUGUAUUACAAUAGUAUGUCCUUACCGUCAGAGCCUAUUCAUGUUGGAAUGGAUCAUUCAAAAGGAAAUUAUGCUGCUUCUCAUUUUUAUCCUGUAACUAAUCAGAGGAAUAGAUUUCACAAAAUACAACGAAGCAACAGUGAUGCUUUAGGUCAACACGUUGGCUGGGUUAUGGAUGUGAAAGAACACCCUUCCCGCUCUCGUACAAAUUCAGCGAGCGAAAGCGUUUUGUCUCCCAGUAGCUAUGGGAGUGCCCAAUUGCUGCCUUCAUUUGAGCAUCCUAGUCAUGCACUUUUAAAAGAAAAUGGCUUUACACAAGUGGCUUAUCAUAAGUUCCGUGCAAGAUGCAUGAAUGAACGAAAGGUUCUUGGCAUUGGACAGUCUCAGGAGAUGAAUACACUCUUUCGUUUCUGGUCAUUCUUCUUGAGGGACCACUUUAAUCGUAGAAUGUAUACAGAAUUUCGUAAAGUAGCUACAGAAGAUGCUAAUAUGCAAUACAGGUACGGUUUGGAGUGCCUCUUUCGGUUUUACAGUUACGGUUUGGAAAAGCAUUUCAGGGAAGAUCUUUUUAAAGACUUCCAAGAUGAAACUCUAAAGGAUUUGCAAAAUGGUUAUCUUUAUGGACUUGAGAAAUUUUGGGCUUUUCUUGAAUAUUCUGGGCAAAAGAAUUCUCUUGAUGUUGAUCCAGUUCUUAAAGCAACGCUCCAGGGAUUCAAAACAGUGGAAGACUUCAGAGCAUAUGAAUGCAGCUAUGCUACAGGUCCUGCUGUUGAGCGUCAUCGCAAUUUGUCAGAAUCCUCCGGUUCUCGUCAAAACCGAAGCUACAACAUGGAACCUCGCUCAAGGAGAAAUACCAUAUCUGCUGCUGAUACUGCAAGAAGAAGAAAAGCAAGCGGAUCUAAAAUGAGCGACCAGAGAAAAGGAUCUCUGCAUAUUAAACAUCCAAUUGUACCAAGCGAAAAUUCUGCCCUUUCCUCUACUGAUGCUUCUCUUAAUCUGAAGAAAAAAAAUGAAGUUGCUGUGGAAAAAGAAGUUAUCCUUGAAAAGGAGUCGACAAGCAAGUUAAGUACAUCAGCAAUACCUUUGGCAGAGCCAAAGAAAGUAGAAAUGAAUGAAAAAGAUAAAAGUGUGAAGGAUGAAGAAUCUACUUUGAAUAUGAAAGAUAUUAGCUCUCAUAUAGAGGAAAUAGCAGCUGAAAAUGUUGAAGUUUCUUGUAAAGAAGAUAGCAGCUCUCUUGUUGUGACAAGUAUUAAGUUAGAAGAAAUUGAAACGUUAGAAAAUGUGAAUUUGGAGGAAAUCAAAACAUUAGAAAAUGUGAAGUUAGAGGAAAUCCAAUCAUUAGAAAAUGUGAAGUUAGAGGAUAUCCAAAUGUUAGAAGAUGUGAAGUCAGAGGAAAUCCAAACAUUAGAAAAUGUGAAGUUAGAGGAAAUCAAAGUGUUAGAAAAUUGUCAGGAAAGUUCUGAAAAUCCUGAUUGCAGUGACCAAGUUAAUGAAAAGAAAGCAUCUUCAGUUUCUGAAAAUAUCAAAAGUGAUCCAGUGCUUAUUUCAGCAGAAAUUUCUGAGGUACAUGUUUCAGAAACUCCAGUCAAAGCUGAAACUGAAGCCAUAUCAGAUAAAGAUGGAAGUGAUUUAAGUAUUAAAAAUGAUGACUCCAGCAUUAGUAAUUCUGAAAAGAAAUUGAGCCCUGAAGACGGUAUGGAAGAACAUGUUAACUAAAGUUAAAGGCGUUUUCCACAUCAAGUCCAAUUUUUCAGCAGUGCUCUUCAGUUAAAAGUUAUUAUGGUAACUUUCAUGUGAUUUUGUGAUAAAGAUAUUUUUAUAUUCAAAAACUUGAGCUCUAGAAAUACUAAAAAUUCUUUUGUGCCAUUUGCAAAUAAUAGUUGUGCCUUCUACCUAUAUCAUUUCUGACAACUAAAACUUGUAUAUAAAUUUUUGGAUUUUUUUCUUUCUCUUUUGUGUUUUAAUAUUUUUUUGAAAUUAAAUUUUACAUAGAAAUUAUGUAUUUUUAUGAUAAAAUAUGUUCUUUUUUUGUGUAGAACUGUACUUAUUCUUUUGUUCAGAAAUGAAAUCUCACAAUAUUUUAUUAAUAUUCCUUGAGCUCACUAUCUAUAUAUAUGUACCUGUACUUUGUUUCUCAUAGUUUUUUUUUUUUUUUUGUAGUUUUGUUAUAAUCAGUCUAUUAAUUCCAGUGAUAAUGAUGUUACGAUUUAUUGUUACUUUUAUUUUGUUCAAAUUUGUAAAUUUGAUGAGUCUUCUCCUUAUAAAGGAUACUUAUUAGAUUUUUUUUUUUAAUCAUACAAAUAACUGUUGGUAUGAUUUUACUUUUCAGACUUUUUUUUUUCAAUGAGUAAUGUUUUUGAUUGAUUCAAAUCACAGUAUCUUGACAAUUGGUUGUAUAUAGUUUUGUGAUAGGGAAAUGAAUCCAAGUAGCUUUAUUUUGGUGGGCUUUUUUAAUUUAAAAAGCUUAAUGAGUUAUGUUGAUUUGAAAACUAUUUUUCGACUGGACUGCAUUAUGUUGACUAACUGUUGAAUUUUUCUGAAUGAAGUUUCGUUACCAAGUUCCUUUUUUUCCUGUACACUUUUUUCAUUUCAAGCUGUGUAUAGUAAAAGUGUUAAAUGAAACAAUGUUGCAAAUGUAUAUUUUAUGUCUUUAAAACUUAAGUUUUGUUGAUUAGAGUUUAUACUGCCUGAACGAAUAAAGCUCAAAUUUUCUGAAGAUUUUAUGUUAUACCUAGUUACGAAAAAAAAAGUUUCAUUAAAUAUUUUAAAGUUAUGUUUUUAUAAAUUAUACCGGUUCAUUCAUAAAUUUAUUUUCCUUCAAAAUGAAGAAAAAUAAAUUUCAGUUUACUAAAUCAAGGUUGAAAUUUUCAGUAUUUUCACAUUUAAGUUUUCUAUCUUUGUCCAUACUAUAUGUACAUAUAUUACUGAAAGUAAUGUUGAAUGCCUUGCUCUGCUACAUUUUACUGGUGCAUUUCAGCUUAGCAUUCUUUUAUCGUUAAAACAGGGUUAUCUUUGUGCUUUGUGGGCUACAUUGUUAGAAUUCAAAGUUACCUUUUGGUUUUCAACAUUACAUUCGUAAAAUUGGUUAUUCCAUGUGCUCUAGUCAUAAAUCAGCAUCUUAAAGUUUUUGCACUAGUCUUAUGAAUUUAGAAGUGGCCAAUGUGUUAUUCCCUCCCUUUCCUUUUUUUUUUUUUUUCUUUUUUCAAUCUUUAAAUUGUUUGGGAAGUCCUCUUUGCCUACAUUUCAAAAUCUAAAUAUGCAAUUAUGGCAAAGGAAGAAACAAAUCUUUUUUCAUCACUGAAAUGUUGUUUCUUAGUUUUGUAUAUUUUUUAUUUUUUUCUAUUAGAUAAUCUUACUUCGUUUUUCUGAUGUUGUAAUGUUCACUUUUUAGUUCAUAAUUUGAGAGCUCUGACAUUUUUCACGGUAUCAGUUCUCGAAAAUGCUUGGAAAUUUUCUCAAGUUUCUUCAUUUAAAAUUUUGAACUAUUGAAUUUUUUUACGCAUUAGUAUGUUGUGUAAAGUUACUCUUCUAUCUUAAAUCUUAAUAAAUAAAAUGAAGUUCAAUGUUAUUUACAAUGAAUUUAGCAUGACAGUCAGGCUGUUGUCUGGAAAUUUCAAUGAUUGUUUAUUAAAAUACUGGCAUACCAAAAGAAAUACUGAUGGUAGCUUUUAAAAGAUAAUUCUUUUGAAAACAUCAAAAAAUGUAAAGCAAUCUAUUUUACCUUGUUGUGGUUUUGGAUUUUUUAUUAUGAACUCAAAUCUAACAAUGCAGUUACAUAGUUAUUAAAAUCCUGUGCUUCUUUUAAGUUUAUAUUGACAUUUUAUAUAUAAAAUACAUAACUUUCUAAUCAUGUGCCAAAAUAAACUUUAGGGCAUUAGAUAAAAUGGGGGGGGGGGGACAAAAUUUUUAAUAGUCUUUCAUUUUUGCCAUAAAGACAAACAUUAUUUGAAAGUCUGGCACAUAUUUGGUCUAAAUUAUUUUCUGACAUGAAAUACUUUUCAAACACUUAAAAAAAAUUUUGAACAGCCAUUCAUCCUAACAUCUUACAAUUAAAUUUCUCACUUAUGUUUUUUGUAUUUGUUUCAUAUGGAAUGAGAUUCAAAAGUUGAAAUAUUUAGUGGAGAAUGAAUUGUGAUUACUAACUUUGUAAAAUUUUGCUUUAAUGUAGGAUAUUUUUAUUGUUAUUAACAUUUUUUCCUUUCUAUGUUGAAUUUGUGGUCCAUCUUCCAUAAACAUUUAUUCUAACAAGUUUACUAUUUUGUAAUGAAGUAUAUUGUCAUUCUUUGUUUACUUAAAAAUGACUUGAUUUUUUUUCUGUGUAAAUAUUUUUGCGAGGUUAUCUAUAAUAAUGUUUGUCAAAUAUAUCUUUUUUGCUCAAGUGCAAGCAAUGAUAUUGUAUGAAAGGAAAAUACUAGGUAAAUGAAGACUUUGAAAUGGAAAUUUGAAAAGUGCCUGUUUAAAGUUUGAAAAUUUUGAUUAGGAUUUUGUACUAAUGACUUCAUGUGCCUAUGCAUCUUGUAAUGCUUGUACGUUAAAAUGUGAGUUUUUGCUAUGUUUAUUACUGCUCCAUUGUUUGUGUUAUAUGGGGUUUUUGGGUGUUUGAUUUUCAUGAAUGGGCAAUAAAAAUUUUUAAAAACGUC